AUGACCGACUCGGCCCAGCGCAACUUUCGCUCCCAGCUCUCCGGAUUUCGAUGGGCCAAUUCCGUCCAAGACGACUCGGCACAGCCAGCUGCCCAACAAUCAUCAAACCCAUUCGGAAGAGCAUGGAAUAGCAUGUCGGGGUAUAUACCUCUGAGAAACGAGGGAGCUAGUCAGGAGGAGGAGGCGUACUUUGCUCUGAGUAGAUGGGAAAGAUUCCUUGGAUUCCUGGCGUGUUGUGCUGGCGGUAUGGCCUGUUUUGGUAUCGCCUUCCUGUUCCUUCCGAUCCUGGCCAUCAAGCCACGGAAGUUUGCCCUCGCUUUCACCCUCGGAAGCUGUCUGUUCAUGCUGGGCUUUGCCAUCCUGCACGGACCGUGGAAUCACCUCAAACACAUCUUCUCCCCCGAAAGACUUCCCUUCUCUCUCGCCUACUUUGGCUCCCUCAUCCUCACCCUCUUCUUCGCUAUCGGCAUACGCUCUACCAUCGGUACCCUCGUGGCUGCGAUCAUCCAAGUGGGAGCGUUGUUGAGUUAUGUGGCGGCGUAUUUCCCAGGUGGACAGACCACGUUACGGCUGGGUCUUCAGAUGAUGUUGAGAGGAGCUGGGAAUCUGUUGCCCAUCUGA